CGAGUGCCCCGCCAUUGACAUUGUCCAUCACCGAUUCGAUACUCGAUAUACAGAUUAGACCAGAGAGGUUCUCGAAUUCUCUCUUCAGUCCCAACCCCCAGCCUCUUCAACGCCUCUUCAGGUCACCCAUCCUGGCUUCAAAUUCGCUCCCCUUUCGAUUCAAAGCAGGCGGCGAUUCCAGCAAAAUGCCCGGCGCCGUGAGCGGCCACUCGCAUCGGCCAACGACCAAGACGUCGAAUAAGUCCUUCAAGUCGCGCCAUGCUACCAAGGGUUCCCUCCGGAAUGCUGCCAAAGGCAAGGUAGCCGAGGAGAGAGGUGUGCGCAAGACCCCCCAUCAGCAAGUCAUGUCCAAGUUCGACCGUCGCAACCGCAACAAGCAGCUCCAGCUGCAGAAACACAAGGAACAUCUCCAGGAGACUUCCAUCUUCGCCGGCAAGGAUGGCGCCCCCAGGAACGUUGCCGUUAUCCCCCUGUGCAGCGACGGCGACGCUGUCGAAGCCAUCAAGUCCCUGAACGCCAGCAUCGAUAUCGAGACCGAGGUGCCUGAGGGCGCAUUCCGCGUUCCCGUCGACAGAUUCAAGCAGAAACUCCAAUACUUCCCCCUCAAGCGCGACCUUACCGCCUGCCUGGACGCCGCCAGAGUCGCCGACUAUGUCGUUCUCGUUUUGUCCGCCGAGGAAGAGGUUGAUGAGAUCGGUGAGCUGAUCCUGCGCAGCGUCGAAAGCCAGGGUCUCUCUACUCUCUUUACCGUUGUCCAGGGCCUCAACAAGAUCGAGCCUCAAAAGCAGAGACUUUCCGUUCUUUCGUCUCUCAAAUCCUACAUCACCCACUUCCACCCCGAGCAGGAUAAGGUCUUCAGCCUCGACAACAGACAAGAAUGCUCCAACCUUAUGCGCUCGCUGUGCAGCACUACACCCAAGGGCAUUCGCUGGAGAGACGAGAGGAGUUGGAUGCUUGUGGAGGAGGUCAAGUUCGGCGAGUCUACCGUGCUUACCGGUGUCGUCAGGGGCAAGGGCUUGAAGGCCGACCGCCUGGUGCAGGUUGGCGAUUGGGGCACAUUCCAGGUUGAGAAGAUUACAGCAGCUCCCUUGGCCAGGAGGAAACGGGGAGAGGAGGGCAUGAACGUGGAGGAGGGCGCUGAGGAGAUUCUCGACCAGCCUACCGAGGACCGCGACGAUCUUGUCGACCUUGCGCCCGAGGAGGUUCGCAUGGAGGACGACGACGACGAAAUGAACGACGGAAUGACCACAAUGACGACUUCGAAGAAGGGUGUUUUGUUGGACGACCACCACUACUUCGACGAGGAGGAGCUCGAGGCUUAUACUGCGCCAAAGAAGCUUCCCAAGGGUACAUCAAAGUACCAGGCUGCGUGGUACCUGGACGACGAUGUGUCUGAUUCCGGCUCAGAUAUGGAGGAGGAUGACGAGAUGGAGGACGACGAAGAGGAGGAGGCGGCCAGGCCAGAGGAUGGUGAGGAGGGUCUUGCUGGUUACGCACCAACAGAAGCAGGACAGACCGAGUACCCACAAACCGAGGGCGGCUUCAUUCAGCCUGAUGCUGAUGAGGAUGCCAUGCAACUGGAGGCUUUCCGCAAGCAGAAGCGGGACGAGGCUCGGGAUGACCUCGAGUUCCCUGAUGAGAUCGAGCUCCACCCCCACGUUCUUGCCCGGGAACGUCUAGCCAAGUACAGAGGUCUCAAGAGCUUGAGGUCAAGCCCUUGGCAGGAGGAUGAGGACCGCGCAUAUCAACCAGAGGAUUGGGAGCGCUUGUUGAAGAUCCAAGACUACCAGGCCUCCAAGAUCAGGGCGUCUAGGGAAGCUCUUGUCGGAGGUGUUGCUCCUGGCACCCGUGUCCAUGUCUACCUCAAGGACGUGCCCGCGACCAUCCAGCAAUCCUACAACCCCAGCCAGCCCGUUACUCUGUUCUCCCUGCUCAGACACGAGUACAAGAAGACUGUUGUCAACUUCCUCAUCAACCUGAGCGCGGACGCUGCCGCACCCAUCAAGGCCAAGGAGGAGUUGAUUAUGCAGUGCGGCCCCCGCCGCUUCGUCAUCAACCCGCUCUUCUCCCAGGGCGGCAACACCCCCAACGACGUGCACAAGUACUGCCGGUACCUGCACCCCGGUCAGUCGGCCGUCGCUACCUUCAUGGGCCCCAUCACAUGGGGUGCCGUGCCCACGCUCUUCUUCAAGAGGCAGGUGCCCGGCUCCGUCCUCGACGAGGAUGGCGAGCCCGUCUCCAACCUGCCGCUCAGCCUCGUCGCCACCGGCACUGCCCUGCCCCCCUCGACAUCCCGCGUCGUUGCCAAGCGCGCCAUCCUUACCGGCCACCCGUACCACAUCCACAAGAAGAUCGUCACCAUCCGCUACAUGUUCUUCAACAGGGAGGACGUUGAGUGGUUCAAGGCUCUGCCUUUGUGGACCAAGCGCGGAAGGAGCGGUUUCAUCAAGGAGGCGCUCGGUACCCACGGUUACUUCAAGGCGACCUUUGACGGGCGCAUCAACCCUCAGGACUCUGUUGGUGUCAGCUUGUACAAGAGGGUGUGGCCCCGGAGUGCCAAGCAGCUGGAUGCGCCGCUGUUGGAUGCCGCAGAGCUUCUCCAGCAGGCGCAGCAGCAGCAGGAGGUUGAUGAGGAUGCUAUGGAUGCGGAGUAGAUUACGUUGUCUGUUUGGCUAAUAGACUAGACGUGCGCGUUAAGGGUAAAAACCAGGGCUUAAUGAACGGCGUUUGCAUGGGAACAAAAAGAUGAAUGAUAUCUCUCGUUGGUUUUAUCUUUGGUCGGGUUAUAUAUAUACUGUUUAGGGAAUUGCA